AGGAGGAGGAGGAGGAGGAGGAAGCCGGGACCGCCCCCCGCAGGACCUGAGAGGGCUCCCCGGAGGAGGCGCGAUCUGAAAGUAAAAAGGGAAAAAGACCAGACGACUUCAAACCGCCCCCCGCCCCCAACCCAUCACCCUCCACAUCCUGAAAGAACACAGAAUCAGCAAAAUAAUGGCACCAUACGGCAUUAUCCUUGGAUUAUUCACUAUGACUGUCUUCUCUCUGCUGGAUGAGAGCUCAGCUUUCUUGUCAAACCAGCGUCUGAAGGGGAGAUUUCAGCGGGACAGAAGAAACAUCCGCCCAAACAUCAUUCUCGUCCUGACAGAUGAUCAGGAUGUAGAACUUGGUUCCAUGCAGGUGAUGAACAAGACGCGCCGCAUCAUGGAGCAAGGAGGAGCGCACUUCAUCAACGCCUUCGUGACCACGCCCAUGUGCUGCCCAUCCCGCUCCUCCAUCCUCACCGGGAAGUACGUUCACAACCACAACACCUACACCAACAAUGAGAACUGCUCCUCGCCCUCCUGGCAGGCCCAGCACGAGGUCCGCAGCUUCGCCGUCUACCUCAACAACACCGGGUAUCGGACAGCCUUCUUCGGGAAGUACCUGAAUGAAUACAAUGGCUCCUAUGUGCCCCCGGGGUGGAAGGAGUGGGUCGGACUCCUCAAAAACUCUCGGUUCUACAACUAUACCAUGUGUAGAAAUGGGGUGAAGGAGAAGCACGGGUUCGACUACUCCAAGGAUUACCUGACCGACCUGAUCACCAACGACAGCGUGAGCUUCUUCCGAACCUCCAAGAGGACGUACCCCCACCGGCCGGUCCUGAUGGUCAUCAGCCAUGCGGCCCCCCACGGACCAGAGGACUCCGCCCCUCAGUACUCUCAGCUCUUUCCCAAUGCGUCCCAGCACAUCACUCCCAGUUAUAACUACGCUCCCAGCCCGGACAAGCACUGGAUAAUGAGGUACACGGGCCCCAUGAAACCAAUCCACAUGGAGUUCACCAACAUGUUGCAGAGGAAACGGCUUCAGACCCUCAUGUCCGUGGAUGACUCAAUGGACAAGAUCUAUAACAUGUUGGUGGAGACCGGCGAACUGGACAAUACGUACAUCGUCUACACCGCGGACCACGGCUACCAUAUCGGUCAGUUUGGGCUGGUGAAAGGCAAGUCCAUGCCCUACGAGUUCGACAUCCGAAUCCCCUUCUACGUGCGGGGCCCCAAUGUGGAGGCCGGGUCCUUGAAUCCCCACAUCGUGCUGAACAUCGACCUCGCACCCACCAUCCUGGACAUCGCUGGGUUGGACAUUCCUCCUGACAUGGACGGGAAAUCCAUCCUCAAGCUCCUGGACACGGAGAAGCCCGUGAACAGGUUCCACUUGAAGAAGAAGAUGAAGAUCUGGAGGGAUUCAUUCCUGGUGGAGAGAGGAAAGCUGCUCCACAAGAGGGAAAAUGAGAAGGUGGAGGCUCAGGAAGAGAACUUCUUGCCAAAAUACCAGCGGGUGAAAGACCUGUGCCGGCGAGCCGAGUACCAGACGGCCUGUGAGCAGCUGGGGCAGAAGUGGCAGUGUGUGGAAGACCCCUCCGGAAAGCUCAAGCUGCACAAAUGCAAAGGGCUGGUGAGCCCGAGGGCCCCCGGGCGGAGCGGCCAGAGGCUGUCCAACCUCGUGCCCAAGUACUCCGGCCGCCAGAGCGAGGAUUGCGACUGCGAGGAGCACGAGGACCAGCUUAGCUCCCCCGGCCGCCGGAAAAAGCUCUUUAACAAGAAGAAAUACAAGGCCAGUUACCCGCAAAACCGCUCGGUCCGCUCCGUGUCCGUCGCGCUGGCCGGGCGGGGCUAUGGCUUGGGCCUGGAGGCGGGCUACCGGCCCGCCCGGCUCAAGGAGGACCUCGGCCCCGGGCCCCGGGCCGAGGCCGGGGAAGCCCCAGGGCCGGCGGAGGACGAGGAGGAGAAGGACGGCGGGGAGUCCAGCGGCACUGGGGGCCUCAUGGAGUACCCAGCGCCCAACCUCAUCAAAGUGACCCAUCGAUGCUUCAUCCUGGAGAACGACACCGUCCACUGCGACACCAACCUGUACAAGUCCCUCCAGGCCUGGAAAGACCACAAACUGCACAUCGACCACGAGAUUGAAACGCUGCAAAACAAAAUCAAGAACCUCCGAGAAGUCCGGGGCCACCUGAAAAAGCGGCGGCCAGAGGAUUGCGGCUGCAACAAGACCAGUUACCACACCAAGUCCCGAGGCGGCGGUUUGCAUCCUUUCAAGAAGGCGGUGCAGGAGAAGGACCGCGGCUGGCUGCUGAGGGAACAGAAACGGAAGAAGAAACUGCGGAAACUGCUCAAGAGGCUCAAAAACAACGACACGUGCAGCAUGCCCGGCCUCACCUGCUUCACCCACGACAACCAGCACUGGCAGACCGCUCCCCUCUGGACUCUUGGUCCUUUCUGCGCCUGCACCAGUGCCAACAAUAACACGUACUGGUGUAUGAGGACAAUCAACGAGACGCACAACUUCCUCUUCUGCGAAUUUGCCACCGGCUUCCUGGAGUAUUUCGACCUCAACAACGAUCCCUAUCAGCUGAUCAAUGCCGUAAAUACGUUGGAUCGAGACGUUCUCAAUCAACUUCACAUACAGCUCAUGGAGUUGAGAAGCUGCAAGGGGCAUAAGCAGUGCAACCCCAGGACUCGAAACAUGGAACUGGGGCUGAAGGAUGGGGGUAGUUACGAGCAGUUCAGGCAGUUUCAGCGUCGGAAGUGGCCGGAAGCGAAGAGACCUUCUUCCAAAUCACUGGGACAGCUGUGGGAAGGAUGGGAAGGCUAGUGCCCGAUGAGCGGAAAUCCGGCUGUGAGCCCAAAAGGAUCAUCAGGCGGAAGGCUAAACUCUGUACAGAAAAACAGGUCUCACUUCAGGGAGACUCGUAACACUAGCCUGAAGGACUGGAUCGGCGGAGGUAGCCAGAACCCACACGCUGUUGAACGGAAAUAGUGAAUGUCGGACUCCUUCGUCGGGUUGUGACUCUGCCAACGCCCCUGCUUUUGCUUUGAAUUAUACCUCACCUGCAUCACCAACAGCCUUUUCACUCAAGAAGUCACCUCUAACCCUCUUCAAGCAGCAGCAGAGGUCGGUCUCCGGCAGGGUCUUUAAGGCAGGAAGCCCCUCCCGGGGGGACGGAAUUACCCCGGAGUCUUGGAACCGCAGUGAAAUCCAGCUUGGAAACGGUCUCAUUUACCCAUCACCCUCAAGUGGAGUCAAGGAAGAAAGGUGUCAUCGAGCCACGGGAAACCGGAGUUUCGAAAAUGGAGCGUUCUCCCCCUCCUAGUUGGAGGGGGGAAGCCGGGGUGAAGGGAGCGCAGGGGAAGUCAACAGCAUGGUUGUUCUCUCAGAAGGUCCUGCUCUACUCGACUGUCUGUUCCCGUUCGCCCUGUUUCCGCCAAAAGCAAACAUUGGAGACCCCCCCCUCGCCCUCCCAGCCCGCCUCCGGAUCAGCGACAAGCCAGGUUUCAAGAGCGGUAAUGUAAAUAAAUACUCACAAAAAGUCCAGUGGAAAAAUUCCUUGAAGUUGUGAAGCUUUUUGUUAAUAAAGUGUGGAAAUGCCCAGAUACCAUUCCUCUAAAUGUUACCUUGUGACCACAUAAGACAUUUCGGAAUUGAUCCUUUUUUUUUUGUUGUUUCAUAGGACUGCAAAGGAAAGCAGUGCAGUUGUACGUUUUCGGUUUUAAUGAAAUCACAUUUGUAUAGAA